UUAUCAAGUAGAAUUUUUGACACUAUCGAUUAAACGAAGGUUCAGCGCAACAUUAGUAUUGGAAACUAAUAUAUUAAGUUUUGUUUCUUUAAAGAUAUUAUGUAGCUUAUAUUCCAUAUUCCCCAGCAAUACAUCUGAGUUCGGCUUUAGUAUAAACCACGAUUGAUUUUUGGGUAUACUAGAAGCAUCACUUAGUCUUCACAAUAUCAAUAUUCGAUUGAGCCGUACAUUCUUUUAAAUGCAAUAAUUUAAGGAUCAGUUCUUUUUUUCAAUAAAACGGAGUUUUAUGAGUAGGUAUUUUCCUAUAAUUCUUCGUCAUGUUUUAAACAAGAAGCGUUGAAUGAUGACGCGACUACGUGGUUCUAUCUUUUGAAAGCCUUAGGGGCUUCGCGCUCCAUAACAUAGGGCCGCAACGGAGAGGAGAGUUUGCGGCGAGCACAGCAGCCAUCUGGUAGCAUCUGGAAUGGCCAUAGGUUGUGUGUAGUAACGAGCGUGUAUUCGCCUUAGUACGACGCUGUCUAUCUCCGUUCUUGACCAACCGGUCAGCCACAGGUUCAACCCAGGACAAAGUGGCAGAACGGUACUCUAGCUCCGAGACAACCCAGACGUGGUGCGGCCAGUUGCCAGCCAUCAAUAAGAUUAAAAUCAGUGUGCCUAACGGCUAGCACCAUUGACAGUGUAAAUUAGUAAUUCUCAUAUUCAUUCAGUGCGUUAGUAGACCAUUCGAACUCGCAGCAUCAGCAAGCGGACGUCUUUUGUUACCAUUACAGAAGGAUUAAUCAAAGCAUUACAUGUAAAAGCAGCGGUCGUCUCUGCGUGCGACUUCUCCCACCUGUAGGCAGCCUCAGGCAGUGAGCAACGGUGCGUUGAUCAAUGACGGAUUUCUUCCCAUAACUCAAAGUGUAUCUACUUGUGACUUAUCCAGUGAACGUAGCUGCAAGUCACGAGAGACGUAAUCCCGAUCUUUGAAAGGAGGUUGAAGUUACGACAGCCGGAAUACCAAUAGAAAUAUCAAUUUGCGAGGUAACUGGCAGUGCUUCGGCGACCGAUAUGUUAUUCCAUUUGCCAAACGUAGUGUAGAGAAGAAAUCUGGUCUACUCGUAGGUACCAAAAAAGAGAAGGACAGUCCUCGCCAAAGCUAACGAAGCAACGUAUAAACAACAAGUCUACGUGGAAAGAUUGCCAACUGAUUCGAAUUCUAUAUUGCCAAGAUGGGUCAGUCGCCGGUUAGUUCUUAUCUGACAGUUGUGGCGUUUGCUCUGGCAGUAUUCGGAAACUUUUGGAACUUGUCCUUGGGAAACCAAACCAUAAAAUAUUUGCAGAUGCCCGGAGUGGCUCCCGAACAGAAGGAUACAUACCUCUGUGUCGGGUUUAAGAUGCCUGAUGAGACAAAAUAUGUCGUCGGAUUUUUACCAAACGCGACCGCGCAUACUGCUCAUCACAUCCUCGUCUAUGGCUGCUCAAUACCCGGCUAUCAUCAAAGAGACACUCCGCGUGCCAUUUGGGAUUGCGGAGAAAUGACAGGCGGUCAAAGUAAAUAUCGUCGAGCUCCCGUUUGUGCAGAUGGCAGCCAAAUUCUUUACGCUUGGGCGCUGGAUGCUCCUCCGCUUAAGUUACCAAAAGGCGUCGGAUUUAAAGUUGGCGGGAACUCCGGAGUUAAUUUUCUUAUUUUACAAGUCCAUUAUGCGGAUGUAUCUUCCUUUGUGAAUGGUAAUAGAGAUCACUCAGGAAUUUCGUUAGAAAUGGUCGACGGGUCAUCUGGAGUUGUUAAACGACGUGCGGGUAUUUAUCUUUUAGGCACAGGAGGAAUGCUUCCGGCUAAAAGAGAGACCCAUCUGGAGACGGCCUGUAAGAUUGACGAGGACGUCACCAUGUUCCCGUUUGCCUUCCGCACACAUACUCAUAAAUUAGGCCUUGCGGUCUCUGGGUGGAAGGUGGCUCGUGAUCCGUCAUCAAAGAGGAAUCAGUGGACGUUGAUUGGAAAAAGAAAUCCUCAGCUGCCACAAAUGUUCUACCCUCUGAACGAGCCGUUGAAAAUUAAGAAGGGCGACGUGCUGGCAGCACGGUGUACGAUGUUCAACUUCCGUGAUCAUACUACUUUCAUCGGGAUCACGAACAAUGACGAGAUGUGUAACUUCUAUAUCAUGUACUAUGUUGAUGGUGACCGCAUUCUCGAUGAGAAAUAUUGUUUCAGCGCGGGCUAUCCUUCAUAUGACUGGGUGUCCGAUCCUCGUAUCAUCACCGUUCCCAAUUGGGUGGACAAAAGCGCAAGUAAACUUGACUGAGCUAAAUGGCCACAAAUGAAUAGACGUUAGUUUCGAUUUCUCUAAAAAAAUCAGGCAGUUGGAUUGAAUUUGGAUGAAAAGCUUUAUUAUACUUGCCAACGGCUUUCCGAAUCGGACUAUUUUAUUUUUUUGUCGGCUAUAGAUAAAGACAGAACUACAUACUGCAGAUAUAGAUGUGUUAAAGGGCGCUUGUUUUUGUGUUGCGCCUAUCAUAGGUUUAAAGAAACUGAUAGUUCUUACAGUUUUACAUAACGCAAGUUUAAGCAAGUAUAAAUACAAAUUUAAAAAAACGAAUAUAAAAAAAAAAUAUCUAGAUUUUAGCCAAGAAUUGAGCUUUUUUUCGCAGUGUAAAAAACCCUUAAUUAGGCCAUAUCGAUGCUUGGAACUAGUUACAGCGAAGACGAGUACACUGUCGGACAAGAUCGAACCAAUGGACCAGAUGAAAAUGAAACAGUCAUCGAUUAUCGCUUAAGCGCAGGAGGUGCAACAACUUACUGUGAUGUAGAAGAAAUUUUGAGGACUGAAUAUGGAAUACGGCAGGUUACACUGAUCGAGUUUUGGACCGAAGUUCUCGUAACAAAGUGGCUUAGAGUAUCCCCUUAAAGAAUAACAAACUUAUAGAAAAUUUUUUGCUCGUCACAUGUAUCUUCAAGUGGGAAGCAGCGUUUGGCUAAGAAGUAAUAAUCCUACACAAAUGGGUGUUAGGAUCAAGCGAUCAGAGUAAUCGUGAAUAUUUAACGAAACGUGGUGGUUGUCAAAGCAAAAA